UUGGAUAAGGCGAAUGAACAACCUGAAAGGUCUAUUCAAAUUAACGGAUAACUUGAUCAAAGAGAUUGAUAGAAUGUCUGAGGGUUUAGUAGCUCAGGAAGAGUCAUUGAAAGCAGUAGAAUUGGAUGAACAAUUAUGUAGCGAAAUAGAACGCCGGCUAUCAGAAUCUAACCUGGAGACGGAAAAUGAAAGUGUAGCACUUGAAAAUAUUACGAAAGGACCAAUACCCGUUAAUAUGUGUAAUGAUGUUUUCGUACCUGAGAAUCGUUCAAUUGUAUAUAAUAAGUUACCUAACCCACUUGAAAGGUAUCUUAGAAUGUUCAAGGUCCAUUAUUGGCAAACAUUUUGGAAGCGAAAGAGUAUGGACAACCCGUCAGUGUUGUUCAUGAAAAUUUGUUAACUACCUUUGUGCCCCUUUGUUAUCGCGAGAAAUUAAAAUUUGAAAAGAUCUAUCGCCCCCAAAAAUUUAAUGAAAGCCUGAGUGGUUUUAUACUGGAUGUUAAGGAAUGGGUUAGUAUAUUAGCC